AUGACUACACGUAGGAAUUGGCUGGUAACGGGACUCAUUGCCCUAGAUUGGGUCAGCGCAGGCUAUGCUAGCCCUCAUGUCGCUGUGUCUUCUCAACCGACUUACUCUUCAUUCACAUACACCCAAGUGACUUCAGGUGCCUAUGCCACGCCGCUAUCGACAUCUGUGUCUUUUCCCACACCAAUUGCGCCACCAUUCAGCAAGGCAUCUACCUUGCUGCCUAGCGACCUUACCUAUACUACGUACUCAUACGACCCAUCAGCAACGAUCACGUCGGACGGCCAGUAUGGUCAGAGUGCGUACGUCAAUCUCUGGCAGAACUAUUCGUUCGUGAGCUCCCCGCCGUUUACCACCACAGCGUCUGCCACUCCGGUUGCCAAAGCCGAACUUGUGCUACCCCCUGCGCUCUACAAUGCGCCUCCGGAUACAGGCUUGAAACUGCCAGCCGAUUUUAUCUGGGGUGUCUCCAGCAGUUCUUGGCAGAUAGAGGGCGGUCUCCAACUGGAAGGUCGCGGUCCCAGUGUGCUAGACAGUAUCGGCAAUGCGUUGUCCCCGGAGACCGCUGAUAGGAGCGACGCCAACGUAGCGAACAUGCACUACUUCAUGUACGAGCAAGACAUUGCCAGAUUAGCGGCUGCGGGAAUACCAUACUACUCGUUCUCGCUGUCUUGGCCGCGCAUAGUACCCUUUGGUGUGGCUGGCUCACCCAUCAACACCCAGGGCCUGGACCAUUACGACGAUCUCAUCGACGCCUGCCUGAAGUAUGGUGUCACACCGAUCGUCACUUUGAACCAUGUCGACGCGCCUACCGCCGUGCAGGCAGACCUGGACUCCCUGCCCGAGAAUUUCCUCUACUACGCCAAAAUAGUUAUGACCCGAUACGCGGACCGAGUCCCGUAUUGGGUGACGUUCAACGAACCAAACAUCGGCGUGGGAACUUUGUUUCAAAAGUACCAAGACCUGACAAAUGUACUUAUCGCCCAUGCAGACGUGUACGACUGGUACAAGAACACACUGGGCGGAAAAGGCAAAAUCACGAUGAAAUUCGCCAACAAUCUAGCCAUGCCCCUGGACACACAAAACUCCUCGCACAUUGCCGCAGCAUCCAGAUACCAAGACAUCCUGUUGGGGAUAAUGUCGAACCCACUUUUCCUCGGAAAACAGUACCCAGAUGCAGCCCUAAACACAGUGGAUAUGAUGGAACCGCUCACAGACGACCAAAUCGAGCACAUCCACGGCAAGAUCGACUUCUGGUCCUUCGAUCCCUACACAGCUCAAUACGCAUCUCCCCUGCCACAAGGCACGGAAGCCUGUGCCUCCAACUCCUCCGACCCCCUCUGGCCCACUUGCGUAACACUAAGCAACGUCCAAGCCAAUGGUUGGCUGAUGGGUCAAGCGUCAAAUGCUUACGCGUACCUUGCGCCGCAGUACGUCCGCCAGCAACUGGGCUAUAUCUGGAAUACGUUCCGCCCGUCGGGGAUUCUGAUCGCGGAAUACGGGUUCAACCCGUUCCUAGAGUCGAAUAGAACUCAUGAUGCGCAGCGAUAUGAUCUGGAGCGGACGCUGUACUAUCAGGAUUUCCUUACGGAGACUUUGAAGGCCAUCCACGAGGAUAAUGUUAAUGUUAUAGGAGCUUUGGCGUGGAGUAUAGCUGACAACAAUGAGUUUGGGAGCUAUGAAGAGCAGUAUGGGUUGCAAACUGUUAACCGGACGGAUGGGAAGUUUACGAGGACGUAUAAGCGGAGUCUCUUUGAUUAUGUCGAUUUCUUUCAUAGGCAUGUCCAGCUUGCGUGAGAUAGGGCAUGUGCUGGUAGCAAUGGGUGAUUUUGGGCCAAUUCGUUUUCUCAAGAUGACACUAUCUUGACACUCCGAUAUUGGCCUACUU